CUUCUUUGGCGCUUUGUGAGUGGGCCUGGACCCAAAAAACCUUUCCCGGAACCAAAGAACCUUAUGCUCCGGGAUGGCAACGGCGUGGUUUGAGUGUUGCACUGGGUCCACCUGUGUCUGUUCCGCUCCUUCCGGCUGCGGCGACUUUCGGGGUGGACACAGCGGUCGUCGGUUCCCACUAUGUAACCCCGACUGGAAUUCUGUCCACUUUGACCACCAUUGGUGUUUCCCAUCCCUGAUCUCCUGGUAGAGCCUCUGAAGAGGAGAAUUGCCACACCUAUGGCAGGAGUUCUGCGCUCAGUAUUUCAGAGGCCUCCAGGCAGACUACAGACUGUGAAGAAAGGUGCAGAAUCUCUCAUUGGUACAGAAUGGAUUCGUCACAAAUUUACCAAAUCAAGAAUUCCAGAUAAAGUGUUUCAGCCUACACCUGAAGAUCAUGAAAAGUAUGGUGGGGACCCCCAGAACCCUCAUAAACUGCACAUUGUCACAAGAAUAAAAAGUACAAAGAGGCGUCCGUACUGGGAAAAAGAUACCAUCAAGAUGCUCGGACUACAGAAGGCACACAGCCCUCAAAUUCACAAGAACAUCCCGUCGGUGAAUGCAAAGCUGAAAGUUGUUAAACACCUGAUACGCAUCCAGCCCCUGAAGCUGCCACAGGGACUUCCCACAGAAGAGACCAUGUCCAGCACGUGCCUCAAGAGCACUGGGGAGUUGGUCGUGCAGUGGCAUCUGAAGCCCGUGGAGCAGGAAGCGAAGUCCUGAUGCCACACAGCUUCAGCUCACAGAUGCACUUGCUGAGGAAUCCGUUCUCAUUAAAGUGUAUGCUCCUUCAGUCAUCUCUGCUGAUGGAAUCCUGAUGCUA